AUGGCUGGAGCUCGCACACGCGCUAAAGGUGCUAGCCCAGGUGGCUUCAAAUCACUUGAUGAUAUUCCAAAACCUACACGCGGUAGGGGAAAGAGGGUCAAGACUGAACCUGUCGAACCUUCCAUCGAGUCCGAGUCCGAGUCCGCCGCCAAUAAAUCGGAAUCGCAAAAGGCUCAAUCACCUCCUACAAAUACUUCCAGAACAAAUUCUCCCGAAUCACACUCACCUUCACCUACACCGGUUGAAUCGCGACUCGAUUCACGCUCCACCUCUCCACCCAAAAACAUAAUUACAUCAAAUGACGCGUCUUCGGACAACGACGUAAUUCACCAAGAGCAAGACGCAGAGCGCAUUGCUCCUCUCGGACUCAACAAAAAGAGAUCUAGAGUAGAAGAGCCAUCUACCAAUUCAAGUGAUGGCACUACAGAAGGAAACGCGGAAGAAGUUCUUGAGCAGAGAUCCACCAAACGCACCCGAAUUCAGGAUACCUCUACUGAUGGUGUUGAGGCUGAUGAAUCGGCCGAUCCUGAACCGGAAAUUGAGAAGAAACCACUCGACCAACAACCUCCACUCGAUCAACAAUCUCCACUCGACCGACCUGAUCGCGACCACACAAAGGGAUGGCCCAACAAGAAGUCUGCGAACAAGACUCUCGGUCACAAGCAAGAUACCCCUAUCGAUAAUAUCGAGGCUGAUGAAUCGGCCAAUCCUGAACCGGAAAUUGAGAAGAAACCACUCGACCAAGAAUCUCCACUCACCCGACCUGGUCGCGACCAUACAAAGAGAUGGCCCAACAAGAAGUCUAUGAACAAGACUCUCGGUCGCAAGCAAGAUCCCAUUGUCCUUAAUCAGUGCAGCUCAGACGAAGCAGCUGAGACAGCGGUAUCGCCUUCACAAUCCCGAUCAAAGUCUGCAUCACAACAAAAUACCACCCCUUCUCCGUAUACUCCACAGAAACAGCAGGAACAUUCCUCCCCUGAAGAAGAUGAACACAAAGAUGGUCCAUCCACCAUUAGUCAUCCCGCUUCCAAACUCACUUCCCCCUCUCCAGACCUACGACCCGUCCCUCAAACCGAGGUUGUAAAGCCAGCACCUUUACUUGCUAAGAUUGGUACUAAUCCAGAACAGCGCAUGAAAGCUGCAUCAAACCGCUAUAUAUUCCCAGCUAAUUACAUCGGGCUCACACCAGGCAUGUCAAAGAGCGAGAGAAUUCUUGAGUGGAGUAUGCGAACACAUUUUCCAGAACGAAUGACCUCUCCAAGUAAGGGUAAAGAAGUCGUCAAGGAAGAUGCCAAAGAGGUUUCCAAGGAGGUUACUAAAGGUUCCAGUGAUGUAUGUCCCAAAGUUCCAAUCACCAACUCGUGCCAUGAUACUGACACGUUCAAGGUGGCUCAUACUGAACGCAAAAAGAGAACCACUGUGGCUUCCUGUGAGAAUCUUGCCAAAUCCGAUGUUCCCUCUUCAACGCGUCGAUCUCCUCGGAAUGGACUGGUAUUAACGGAUCCUUAUUUAGUAGCAGUUAACAAAGCCUUCGGUAAUCAUAAAUCUCAGUCAAAGGCAAUGCCAUCUAUCGAACAGGUUACGGCAUUCCUUAAUGGCUACGAUGCUCAACAACGUUCAUAUAAUUCCGAAACGCAAAUGGUUGCUCAGAAGCCCACCCUCCCUUUGCAAUCAACAAAACCCAAACGCUCAGGAUUUGUUGUUCCUGGUCGGGGAAGUGAUGAAGAUACUGACAUGUCUGAUGGGAAUGAAUCAGAAGUUAUCGAGGAACCAAAAACACCUGAAGCACAGAUCUCUCCAGAGCAAGAUGCAAGCCCUCAAAGCAGCUGGUGGAAACCCUUCUCCACUGUUGCCACGAUGCUUACGAGCCCAUUCCGUAAACAAUCCGCUGCUCCAGCCUCUCUUCCUCGCAACAAACUUGCCCCACCUCCAAUCAUCUUCAAGCAACCACCAACCACUCCUUCGGCAGUCCCUCUGAAGCGUAUGUCAAAAUCAGACCGCAAGCGCAACACUCGAAACAACGUUCAAGGUCGCCUCGGUGCUGGCUUUGAAACUGAACGUCGCCCACCCCACAAGGAUGUUGAAAAAACACGACUCGAGCUGGCUGGCGUAUAUACUGCAGCCGAAAUCCUGGCGCUUCACAAAGAACAGGAUGAAUGGGCUGCAAAGAACGGGAAUAGAAGUCCCUCGAUAGUAGCUAAUCGAGAUAUUCAUAAGGCUGCACGAGCAUCCCAAAGAAGCGCUCAUGCUGACCCUGUCAAGGAAGAAAUUCAAUCGUCUACACCUGCUAAAACAGGCGACAAACGUAAUUUCAACUAUAUAGCAAAGACCCCUAGACAAAAACAACCCUGGAAUGAAUACCUCCGCCACAUACAGGACGAUUCUUCUGAGGAGGAGGAUGAGGAUGAUCGAGAUAUUCAUAAGGCUGCACGAGCAUCUCAAAGAAGCGCCCAUGCUGACCCUGUCAAGGAAGAAAUUCAAUCGUCUACACCUGCUAAAACAGGCGACAAACGUAAUUUCAACUAUAUAGCAAAGACCCCUAGACAAAAACAACCCUGGAAUGAAUACCUCCGCCACAUACAGGACGAUUCUUCUGAGGAGGAGGAUGAGGAUGAUCGAGAUAUUCAUAAGGCUGCACAAAAAACCCCUAGCCGAGAACAACCCUGGAAUGGAUUUCUCCACCGCUUGUGGGAGGUUCCUUAUUCUAAGGAGGAGGAGGAUGAAUUUGAUGAUGCCUAUAGAUCUAGAUGGAUUCGACGGAGAAAUGGUCUCUACACUCGAGCGAACGCCACCGACAGACAAUUGCGGGGUGAAAGAAUUGCCCCUAACGAUCCUCAUUACACUGAUUAUUAUCGUCAUAUUGACGCAUUCGCAAAGCAAGACAUCAGCAAGCCAGCAGGUGUUCAGAAUCCUCUCAACUCCGCUCAGCUCCUUAAGCAGGCCCAUGAGCGUGCUAAUGGCGCUGGUGAUAUCCCACCCGAGAGCGAAAACGACUAUGGAUAUGUCCUGGAUGAGCGCCAGAAGAAAGUACUCUUUUAUCCGGGAAGUCCUUACGAUAUGUUUAGUAUCCGAGGUUCAAUACUCACCGCAAAUCAUAUUGCCAAUCUGAAGGAAGGACUCCCUCUUCUUAACCCUCGCGAUGAAUUCGGAAUUGCUAUCAAGACACCCCAGUAUGACAGCACUAAACCACCUCGGGAUCAAAACACAACCAACGUCUUUGAACAACUUUGCGAUUGGGACAAGAAACGACUUGAUGAGGAGGCUGAAGAUGUCAGAGCAGGCACUGUUCUUGAGCCAAAACACUGUACUCAAACACCGCCACCAAAACCCAAGCCUGGUAACGCCAAACUUCCUUGUACCUUCGACAGAGUUCCAACGUCCGAGGCUGUACAACUUGCCAUGAAGCAAGCCAACAAGUAUUUACCAGCAAAGGGCAGUGGUCUACGAAACGUUCAUAAUAUGAGCCCUCUCGCAGCCGAGCAGGACAAGGGUGACAGGGUUGCGAAUGAGCCUCACCCCUUGUUCAGUUUCGAUUUCACCGACGAAUCCCUCGGCUUUGCAUUUGACCCUGAGGUCAAGAAAGCCAUUGACGAGCGCCUUAGUCAAGGACUCAUCUCAACCACACCCAUGCCUGAAGACAUCUGGAACGAACAUGAUGAUCUUCCACAGGGCGAGGUAGAGAAAGCAGUUGCUUCAAUGUUUGAGGGACUAGAUGCCAGAAUACAUGGUUCAGCGCAUAAUGGAAUGUAA